GGAGAGCAGGCCAGAGUGGGGGACAGAGUGCGGACAUCCUGAAAGACAGACAGACAGACAGCGGCCACAGUGGGAAGAGCGUGGGGACAGGAGUGAGGGGCCGGGGACCCACAGACAGGCGGGGAGACCCACCCCGAGACCCGGGGGCUAGAACAAGGGCAAGACAGAGACAGGGAGGUGUGGAGAGAGGGGACCAGACAGGCAGGGAAGUCUCUGGGCUCGGACGCAGAGGGGCACGGAGGCAGACCCUUCAGAUUAGCUCCAGGCCUCGGCUCUGCUCAGGGGUGCAGUGGAGCUCAGUGGGCGUGCUGCUUUUGGGGAGCCCAGACCAGGGGUGCUUGCCCGAGGGCCAGCUGACACCAGGUCACCCUGAGAUGGAGCGCAGGGACCCCGAGAACCAGGAGGAUGGGGACCCGGAGGAGGACACAGCCACGGCCCUCCAGAAGCUCGUGGAGCUGACGGCCACCAGGGUGACCCCAGUGAGGAAACUGCGUGUCCAGUAUCACCUCAUCCGAAAGCUUGGCUCUGGCUCCUACGGCCACGUGCUCCUUGCCCGGCCUCGCCAAGGGGCAGGUCCGGUUGUGGCUCUGAAGCUCCUACCUCGGGACUCGGUCCUGAGAACCACCUUCCUGAGAGAGUUCUGUGUGGGCCGCUGUGUCUCGUUACAUCCAGGCAUCAUCCAGACCCUGGCAGGACCCCUGGAGACCCCCCGACACUUCGCCUUCGCCCAGGAGUAUGCGCCCUGUGGGGAUCUCAGCGGGAUGCUGGAGGAACAGGGCCUCCCAGAGCUGCAGGUGAAGCGGGUGGUGGCCCAGCUAGCUGGAGCCCUGGACUUCCUCCAUGGCCGGGGGCUGGUCCAUGCGGACGUCAAGCCAGGAAACGUGCUGGUCUUCGACCCUGUCUGCAGCCGUGUGGCCCUGGGUGACCUGGGUCUGACCCGGCCUGAGGGCAGCCCAACCUCUGCCCCGCCGUGGCCACUGCCCUCUGCCCCACCCGAGCUCUGCCUCCUGCUGCCCCCUGAAACCCUGCCCCUGCGACCAGCAGUGGACUCCUGGGGGCUGGGGGUACUUCUCUUCUGUGCGGCCAUUGCCUGUUUCCCUUGGGACGUGGCGCUAGCCCCUGACCCUGAGUUCGAGGCCUUUGCUGGCUGGAUGAUCAACAGGCCCCAGCCACUUCAACCACCGCCCCCUUGGGACCAGUUUGCGCCCCCGGCUCUGGCACUGCUCCAGGGGCUUCUGGACCUGGAUCACGAGACUAGGAGACCCCCACUGGCUGUCCUGGACUUCCUGGGGGAUGAUUGGGGGUUAAAGAACAAAGAGAGACCUGGGUGCUUGGGGAGUAUGUGCAGUGAAGUUGGGGAGGAGGAGGAAGAGGGGGGAGCAAGCCUGGAAGAGUGGUCAGAGGAGGAGGAGAAUGACGACAAAGAUGGUGGGAGGACGGGGACAGAUGGCGGAGAGCCCUGACCAGGUGACUGGGAUGGGUGCCCAGAGCUUGGGCCAAAGGCCCCUCCCCCAGCCCCCAUGGCCACCUGGAUGGAAAGACAGCUGCUCCCGGGAGGACAGAGAGGGAACACAUUGCAUCUCUCCCAACCGAAGGCUGGACUUGGAUGAACAAUUCCCCUCCCGACUGAGGACCCGGGAGUCCGGAACCCCCGGUACCUCCUCCGUCAGACCCAGGAGUCCAGGGCCCCAGCCCCUCCUCCCUCAGACCCAGGGGUCCAGACCCCUCCUCCCUCAACGACCCUUCCUCUCCCUUCUGUCCUGAACGUGUCUUCUUGAAGGAAGGUGCUGUUUCCCCUGUAGAUGCAUUUCUGCACGGUGGGGACAUGUUGGGUGCUUAUGGACUUGUGAUGUGGUCACACCUCUCCUCUAAGACCUUAGGUGACCCCCGGUGGCCAUGGCACCAAAUCUGGGCUUUCCAGAUCCAACACCAUGGAAACCUCGACUUCCAUCUCUCCCACUUCCCUGGGCUCUGGGGGACAUUAAGGGAGGCACUCAUCCUUUCUGGACCUAAAUCAACACACAGACAGGCACACACACACCCUCUCUUGCCUGCAGACGUUUGGAAACCCUGUGUUCUCCCCCGAGAAUGCCUUCUUCCCAACUCCAGGCCUCCAGAAAGUAGACCCCGCCCCGGGGGCCUCUCCGGCUCCUCCGAAACUUGUAGCCCAGCGAUCUGCGCCCCCACCUUUUCCAUCUCCCCUCGCAGGCUGCCCAGGACGGACUUGGCCUUGUUCACCUGUACGUCCUUUCGGGUUCUGCUCUCACACGGCGAGCCUCCUGCGCCAGCUCCCUGAGCGCGCGAGCACCGCGGCGUGUUCUGGUCCCGUCCACGCCGAGGGCCACGGCUGGUUUGCAGGGAUCUUGUGUCCACCCGGGCCGGCCUGAUGCCACCCCCAUCCCAGCACACAGACCCCUGACUUGUGAAGCUUCCCGCCUGCAGGGCAGGGGCUGCGUGGAUCCGAGGCCGCAUCCCCCGCACCCAGCACGGUCAUGGGGACCUGCUUCUUUCUGGGGAAUCUGUCCUGCGUGCUUUCUAGAUUUAAAAACGUGAGUUCACUCCGUACAACGGGGUGUCCGGGAUUGGACCCUGGGACAGGUAAAGGUUGUGGGUGGACACGAGAAGCGUCUAGCCUUUGACUGAUGGCUACUGUCUUCAUUUGGACAAACGCACCGACGGCUGGGUGAGGGAUUCACCUGGCAGGGAGCUGGGUGAGGAGACAUGGGAGCUCAAAGCCGCUGUCCUGUACAUCUAAAAAUGAU